AUGCGAACGGGUUUCCAUGAAACGCUCCUCACUGCUGACCCGGCCCAGCAGAGGCGCCAGGAUGAAGAGAGGGAGGCCGAUCUUCGGAAACGAGAGGCCGAAAGGAUCGCUGCCGAGGAGCGCAAGCGGCAGCAGGAGGAGGAGACUUACAACAAGGGCCUGGCCCGCCUCGCGGAGGAGCAGCGCUCCACUGCAGAGAAGCAGGCCUUGGAAAGGAAGAAGCAGAAGAUGGAGGAGGAGCAGGCCAAAGCCCGUCAAAGACGGAUGAACAAGCAAAGGGAAGACAGCGAGGAGGAAGAGGAAGACUUUUGCGUCGCCCCGCCCAUGGGGUUAGCUGACCUCUCUGCGCAGCUGGCCGGCGUGGAGGCCGCCCCUGCCCCCACACCGCCUGCGGCAGCCGCAGCGCCUGCGGCGCCUGCACCGCGACCGGCGCCUACUCGGUCGCGUGACGACGACGAUGACGAGGAGUUCGAAGACAUUCCCGUGGCUCCUGCUGUGCCGUUGUGCGAUCUGGCUGCGCAAGUGGGCACCAGCGUGCAGAUGCAGCCUGAGCCCGCGCCUGCAGUUCCACCGGUGGCAGUGCCUCCGGCGGUGGAAGAGCCACCAGCACCUUCUGCAACGCCGUGCCGCCAGAAAUUCGGGGCAACGGGAUCGUGUUGGGAUUCACAUAAACCCGAAACUGUGCCAGUUGGGUUUGCAGCGUUCGAGUUUAGCUUUCAGUAA